ACAUGUGUUUCGUUACCUUAGCAACGGUUUGUUGACAAUCUUCCGUGGCGUGAUGAGACUGAAACGGCUACACAUACGAUACUACCCACCAGGAAUAUUCCUGGACUAUGAGAAAGGGGGGCAGCUCAGGACGAAAUCCAUCGAUCUGUUAAACUUGACUCCAGAGACUGAUGUGAAUGAGUUACUGUCAGACAUUAGAGCAGCUGAACCUCUCAUUACCUCAUCCUGCGUGGAGCAGGUGAAAGUCCUGAUCUGCAAACUACAAGAGAAAGUCGGCCAAAAGGAUGACCGCAAGUUCUACCUUUUCAGGGCACUUCAGGCUCACAUCUUGCCCCUGACGAAUGUAGCCUUUAAUAAAUCAGGAUCGAGUUUUAUAACCGGAAGCUAUGACAGGACUUGUAAAAUAUGGGACACCGCAUCCGGAGAGGAGCUGCACACUUUGGAGGGUCACAGGAACGUUGUGUAUGCCAUCGCCUUCAACAACCCUUAUGGAGACAAGGUUGCCACAGGCUCCUUUGACAAGACCUGCAAAUUGUGGAGUGCUGAAACAGGAAAGUGUUUCUACACGUUUAGAGGGCACACAGCAGAAAUCGUCUGCCUGGCCUUUAACCCUCAGAGUACCUUGGUUGCUACGGGCAGCAUGGACACCAUGGCUAAAUUAUGGGAUGUUGAGAGUGGGAAAGAGGUGUCCACAUUGGCAGGUCACUUCGCCGAGAUCAUCUCUCUCUCCUUUAACACAACGGGCGAUCGUUUGGUCACGGGGUCGUUUGACCACACUGCCAUUCUUUGGGACGUUUCUACUGGCAGCAAAGUUCACGUUCUCACAGGUCACCGAGGAGAAAUCAGUUGCGUUCAGUUCAACUGGGACUGUUCCCUCAUCGUCACGGCCUCUCUGGAUAAAACCUGCAAGGUGUGGGACGCAGACAGUGGUCAGUGUUUGGCUACUCUCUUGGGUCAUAAUGAUGAAGUGCUGGAUGUGUGUUUUAACUACACCGGUCAACUGAUCGCUACAGCCUCUGCUGAUGGUACAUCAAGAGUGUUCAGCGCAGAAACCUUCCAAUGUUUGUGUCAAUUAGAGGGCCAUAAAGGAGAGAUAUCAAAGGUGUGUUUUAAUCCGCAGGGGAGCCGCGUUUUGACGGCGAGCGUGGAUAAGACGGCUUGUGUGUGGUGCGUGAACACGGGAGCGUGUUUGCAGGUGCUGGAGGGACAUUCUGAUGAGAUCUUCUCCUGCGCUUUCAACUACGAGGGAGACACCAUCAUUACAGGCAGUAAAGACAACACCUGCAGGAUCUGGCACUGAGAGAGCGGCCUGAACUCUGAUCUUACAGUAUUCCUACAUCUCUUUUGAUCAUCUUGUCACACUGCAAUAGUGUUUCAGUUCACAGAGAACGUGUAUGUGUGGAGGACAUUAUGGUAACGCUUUACUGGAAGCCGUUAUGUAUAAUGCAUUAUAAAGGUAUUCAUAAUGCAUGUUGUGAUGCAUUAUAUCUUUCAUGAAUAACUGUAAGCAAAGUUAAAAUGCUUUAUAAUAUUUGCAGAUUCUUUGUAUUGUUUAAAAAUGGUUGUUUGUCAUGUUUUAAUGCAUAAUGAUUUUUAUAGGUGUAGUGUAGAAUAGAUAAAUAUUAUAAUUUAUUAUAACUGAUUAUUCAUGAGAUACAAGGCAUAAUUAAUGCAUUAAAAUACUUGUAUAAAGCAUUAUAAUAUAGGGCUUUGAGUUAAAGAGUUUUGCUGUUAUUUUUUCCCCUUAAAGAAUAUUCUGGGUCAAAUUCAUGCUGUCAAUUAUCACAAAAAAAAAAGAAUGAUUCAUACCUGUUUAUUAAACCAAAAAUAAUGAUAAAUAAUUGAAGUCAAUGGGAAAACUGUUGCUCUAUAAUAGACUUACAAUUUAUGUGCAUGCUUGUCAACAUUUUGUUUUUUGAUUUUACUUUAAUACUUCAGUAUUAAGGCUUACUAUAUUAAAUCACAGUUAUUUUC